GCGGGAAAGGGGGAGCCUGCGCUGGCGGGCGGAGCUCCGCCCCCAGUGGAGGCGGCCGGGGCGGGGGCGUGUCCGGGGAGGGGAGGGCCGCCCGGCCCAAGCACAUCCCGGCCCAAUCCCCGCCCCGCCCAGUCGCCGAGCUGCAGCCAGCGCCAGGAGGUCCGGCCCCGGGAUGCCACACGCCACCCAGCUGUACCAGCAUGUGCCAGAAACUCGUUGGCCCAUCGUGUAUUCACCCCGCUACAAUAUCACCUUCAUGGGCCUGGAGAAGCUGCACCCCUUCGACGCUGGCAAAUGGGGCAAGGUGAUCAGUUUCCUAAAAGGCUGCUUUGUGCUUGCAGAAGAGAAGCUGCUGUCAGAUGGCAUGUUGGUGGAGGCGCGGGAGGCCUCGGAUGACGACCUGCUGGUAGUGCACACCAGGCGGUAUCUCAAUGAACUGAAGUGGUCCUUCGUCGUCGCCACCAUCACAGAAAUACCCCCUGUCAUCUUCCUCCCCAACUUCCUGGUGCAGAGGAAGGUGCUGCGGCCCCUCCGGACCCAGACUGGAGGAACCAUUAUGGCAGGGAAGCUGGCUGUGGAACGAGGCUGGGCCAUCAAUGUGGGGGGUGGCUUCCACCACUGCUCCAGUGACCGGGGCGGGGGCUUCUGUGCCUAUGCUGACAUCACGCUGGCCAUCAAGUUCCUGUUCGAGCGAAUGGAAGGCAUCUCAAGGGCCACCAUCAUUGAUCUUGACGCCCAUCAGGGCAAUGGGCACGAGAGAGACUUCAUGGGUGACAAACGCGUGUACAUCAUGGAUGUCUACAACCGCCACAUCUACCCUGGGGACCGCUUUGCCAAGCAAGCCAUCAGGCGGAAGGUGGAGCUGGAGUGGGGCACAGAGGAUGAGGAGUACCUGAGCAAAGUGGAGAGGAACGUGGAGAGAGCCCUCCAGGAGCACCUACCUGACGUGGUGGUGUACAACGCCGGCACCGACAUCCUGGAGGGGGACCGCCUCGGGGGACUGUCAAUCAGCCCUGGGGGCAUUGUGAAGCGGGAUGAGGUGGUAUUCCGCUUGGUCCGGGCUCACCAGAUCCCCAUCCUCAUGGUGACCUCAGGCGGGUACCAGAAGCGCACAGCCCGCAUCAUUGCAGACUCCAUCCUCAAUUUGCAUGACCUGGGGCUCAUCGGCCUAGAGUCACCCAGCCUGUCGGCACAGAGCUCAGACACUCCUCUGCUCCCACCUGCGGUUCCCUGACCCCUGCUGCCCAGCUAGGUGUCCCCUGCCUGCCUCUGGGCCCAGCCCGCCGCCCACCUUUGUGCUUUUCCUUCUCUAACCUUCUGGCCAGGAGGUGGCCACCAGUGACAGGUGGGAAGGGCAGGACCAUCCCAGGGAAGACCCCACACAGGUAGGGGAGGCAGGGAAUUCAUGAGCUUGGAGGUGCAGGUGGCUUGGGGCUGCAGGGAGGUGGCCAGGUGCUGGUGUCCAGGUCCAUGGGAAAUGGAGGAGUGUCCUACUGUCCCUGUGGGCCUUAGUUAUGGGAGGAACCUAUGGUGCUAGGUGUCGGGGCCCAGGGCAGUUGCAGUGGGCUCUCCCAUCUGGGGUUCUGUCUUAAUAAAGCGAGGUCUCAGUCUGCUUCCCCAGCACAUCUAAAGGUUGAGAAUGGGGAGGCAGUGCCCCGCUUGGAGUUGUCUCCCCUAUUCAUUAUGGGGCAAGUUUGCAGGAAGGAAUCCUCAGAUCAGAAAUGGGGACCAGCCCUGGAGCCUCAAGGGUCUCCUGGCCUGGGGGAACAGGAGAGAACAAUGGGGCUUCAGCAGGCAGUGCAAGGGGGCCAGGCAGGGCUCCCUGGAUAUUGGUGAAGGAGACAGCUGGCUGGGACAGCCCCAGGAACGGGCAGAGGGCACGGUCUGUGCUGCCCCCAUGUCUCCCUUUCCACAGCCUUUCCCCCAUCUCUCCUCUAAAGGUGACACUGAGGAAGCUGGCCGAAGAGCCACCCUUCCAGGCAGUGGCUGUCAUGUGGACCCAAGGUGGAGGGACAGAGAGGGCGAGGUCUGAAUGUCACACACUGUCCACCUGCUGACCCCUGGCCUGGACUCACGGCACUAACAAUGCACUUUGGCAUAGCUGCCCUUGCUGUGGUCUCUCUUUGUCUGACUCAAGGUCCCUAACAGCCAUUCAUGCCCAGUGCAAGCCUGACACCCCUAGUGCUGGGAUUGGACACAGCUUGUCCCGAGGUGCCGCUGUCCUAGAGAAGCCUAAAAACUGUGAUAAGACUGGCUGCUGUGUGUUCUGGAGGGAAGAGACCCUGCCUCCCAAGGAUGAGAGGAAAUAAAGAUUUAAUAUUCAAGCAGCAGAACACCCUGCUCGGGGUUGCUGCCUAGUAAA